GAAAAAUUUAAGUGCAAAGUACUUUAAGGUAAUUUGUGUAUUUUGCUAUUUGCAUAAUUUAAUGUGCUAAGAAUAGAACUUCUGGGGGGAUUUGCUUAAUUAUAAAUAGAAUAUUGGAACCACAGGACAAGUGCUCAUUUGGAGAGUUGGUCACAUAAAUAUAAAUACAUGCAUGUGGUCUCCUCAGUGUGUUACUGUAGAGGGAUGAAUGGCAUGUUACCCUUCUGUCUCAAGGGCAGAGGAAUUUAAGCAUUACUUAUAUCUAACAGUGGGCCAAAUGAGGCCAAAUUUUAAUAGUCUGCUUGAAUUGGAAUUCAUGAGAUUUGUGCUUAUGAAGCUACUUAGUUGAAAGAUAGUUUUUAAGUUAGGAUAAAUUACUAGAGUUUUUUUGAAUUUGACAUAUAAUUAUUCCUUGAAUUGUCUAUAUUUUUUCUCAUAGAUGAAUUUAUGUUCUCAGGGUAAAUCCUUUUGAAUUUUUAAAAAUUUUAGGAGAGACAAAUUGAUGUGUAUAUCAUGUUGUUUCCAAAAUAUCUUAAAAGUAGCUAAGCCAGUUUGCAUAGGAGGGAGUCUUGGGACUUUAAUGUAGAUAAAUGUUCCAGAAAUGAUUUUAGUUUUGUUGAGGUAUCUGUGUGGGUAUUGGUUUGUUGAAAAAGGUAGGCUUAUAAUCUUUUUAUUUUUUUUGCUAAUGUGCAGGUAUUUUAAUUAUAAAUCUCAAUUUUUUUUAGAUGUAGAAUGUCCCAAGUAAUUUCUUAAUAUCUUUGUCAAUUUAGCUUGUAGCAUAAAAAGUUUAAUCUGUGGACCCUUUCUUAAGGAAAACAAACUUUGCAGACCUCAGUGAAUGUCUUCAGACCCACUUUGUGGAACAGUAGUACUUAAGUUUAAGUUGCUUUUACAGAAUUAACAGGUCUCCAAGACAUUAAAAAAAAAAAGGUCAUUAUUGCUGUGGUUUGAGCUCAGCAUGGCUGUAGUCAUCCGUUUACUUGGGCUUCCUUUUAUUGCGGGGCCUGUGGAUAUUCGUCACUUCUUCACGGGAUUGACUAUUCCUGAUGGAGGAGUGCAUAUAAUUGGAGGGAAAAUUGGGGAGGCUUUUAUUAUUUUUGCAACAGACGAAGAUGCAAGACGUGCCAUAAGUCGUUCAGGAGGGUUUAUCAAGGAUUCCUCAGUAGAGCUCUUUCUUAGUAGCAAGGCAGAAAUGCAGAAGACUAUAGAUGUGAAAAGAACUGAUCGUGUAGGAAGAGGGCGACCAGGAUCUGGGGCAUCAGGGGUUGGCAGCCGAUCUGAUUUUGUUGAGCCAGUUAAGGAAGAAGCAAGUAACUCUGGAUAUGGCUCUUCAAUUAAUCAAGAUGCUGAGUUUCAUACUAAUGGUACAGGACACAGUGAGUUAAGGCCAAGAAAGACAAGGCCAUCGAAGGCUGAGAAUCCUUACUUGUUUCUACGAGGUUUGCCUUACUUGGUAAAUGAAGAUGAUGUACGUGUUUUUUUCUCUGGUUUAUGUGUGGAUGGAGUAAUUUUCCUAAAACAUCACGAUGGCCGAAAUAAUGGUGAUGCCAUAGUAAAAUUUGCUUCAUGUAUCGAUGCUUCUGGAGGGCUUAAAUGCCAUAGAAGUUUCAUGGGUUCACGAUUUAUAGAAGUAAUGCAAGGAUCAGAACAACAGUGGAUUGAGUUUGGUGGUAAUGCAGUUAAGGAGGUUGAUGUUCCUGUUAGAUCUGAAGAACAUUCUCCACCAAGAGGAAUUAACGAUAGACAUUUUCGAAAACGGUCUCAUUCAAAAUCUCCUAGACGAACACGUUCUCGUUCUCCUCUUGGAUUUUAUGUUCACUUAAAAAAUCUGUCCCUAAGCAUUAAUAAAAGAGAUAUAAGAAAUUUUUUUAGUGAUAUUGAUCUGACUAAUGAACAGAUAAGAUUUCUAUAUAAAGAUGAAAGAAGAACAAGAUAUGCCUUUGUGAUGUUCAAGACUUUGAAAGACUAUAAUGCUGCUCUGGGUUUACAUAAGACUGUUUUACAAUAUCGUCCAGUUUAUAUUGAUCCUGUUUCUAGAAAACAGAUGCUAAAGUUCAUUGAAUGUUAUGAAAAGAAGAGACCAGGAUCAGUAGAGAAAGAGAGGCCUGGACAUGUUACACAAAAAUACUCUCAAGAAGGUCACUCUAGCCAGAAGCUGUGCAUAUACAUAAGAAAUUUUCCAUUUGAUGUCACAAAAGUUGAAGUUCAAAAGUUCUUUGCAGACUUUUCUCUUGCUGAAGAUGACAUUUACUUGCUUUAUGAUGACAAAGGAGUUGGUCUGGGAGAAGCCUUGGUGAAAUUUAAAUCAGAAGAACAGGCCGUGAAAGCUGAACGUUUAAACCGUCGAAGAUUCUUAGGGACAGAGGUAUUAUUAAGACUUAUAUCUGAGGCACAAAUGCAGGAGUUUGAUGUAAACUUUUCCUUGACAUCUAGUGAGAAGAUGCAAGCCCAUUCACAGUCAGGUGAUAGAGAUGACCGUACUCAUUCAUUUGACUCAAAAGAUGCACAGGUAUAUUCAGUUGACUCUUCUGAAAACUUUAGACAUCAGUUAGAGGACUUGAGGCAGCAGGAUAAUUUCAAGCAUCCCCAGGGGGAUUUCAGACAACCAGAGAGGCGCCCACCAGAAGACUUUAGGCAUUCUCCGGAAGGUUUCAGGUUCCCCCCAGAGGACUUCAGGCGCCCUCGGAAGGAGCACUUCAGGCGGCUUUCAGAGGAGGACUUCCGCCGCCCUUGGGAAGAGGACUUCAGGCACCCUCCCGAGGAUGACUUCAGACACUCUAGAGGGGAGGACUGGAGGUGGCCUCCUGAGGAGGAUUGGAGGCGGCCACUGGAGGAAGAUUUCAGGCGUUCUCCCAAGGGGGACUUCAGGCAGCUUCCUAAGGAGGAGUUCAGGCAACCUCCUGAGGAAGACUUAAGGUGGCCCACGGAGGGAGAUUUCAGGCGGCCAUCUGAGGAGCAGUGGAGGCGGCCACCCGACGAGGGCUUCAGACGGCCACCACCCGAGGAGGACUUUCGGAGGCCCACAGAAGGUGAGUUCAGGCGCUCGCCUGAGGAGGACUACAGGCAUUCGCCCCCGGGGCAUUUCAGAAGGCCAUCCCAGGAGCGCUUCCGUAGGGCACCCCCAGAAUAUUUCAGGCGACCACCUCCUGAGCACUUCAGACGGCCACCCCCGGAGCACUUCAGACGGCCACCACCGGAGCAUUUGAGGCGUCAGCCCCCUGAGCACUUCAGGCGUCCACCCCAAGAGCAUUUCAGGCGUCCAGUACAGGAGCAUUUCAGGCGCCCCCGAGAGGAAGAUUUCAGGCAUCCACCAGAUGAAGACUUCAGAGACCCUCGGGAUGAAGACUUCAGGCACCCUCCAGAUAAGGAUUUCAGGAGCCCCCAGGAGGAAGAUUUAAGAUGUCCUUCUGACGAGGAUUUCAGGCAGCUUCCUGAGGACGACCGCAGGGAGGCUCCGGAGGAGGACCCUAGACUUCCUGAUAAUUUUAGACCUCCUGGUGAGGAUUUUCGGAGCCCGCCUGAUGAUUUUAGAAGUCAUCGCCCUUUCGUGAAUUUUGGUCGCCCAGAAGGUGGCAAGUUUGAUUUUGGAAAGCAUAAUAUGGGAGGUUUUCCUGAGGGGAGAUUUAUGCCUGAUCCAAAGUUAAAUUGUGGUUCAGGUAGAGUAACUCCUAUUAAGGUAAUGAAUCUUCCAUUUAAAGCUAAUGUCAAUGAAAUUUUAGACUUUUUCCAUGGUUAUAGAAUUAUACCUGAUUCAGUUUCAAUACAGUAUAAUGAGCAAGGAUUACCUACAGGGGAAGCCAUUGUUGCUAUGAUAAAUUAUAAUGAAGCUAUGGCUGCUAUUAAAGAUCUAAAUGAUAGGCCAGUUGGCCCCAGAAAAGUUAAGUUAAUUUUGCUCUAGAAUGCAUUUCUGAAUGCAGAAUUAUCUUCCUCCCACAGUAUUGAUGCAGUAGAAUGCCUCUUUAAAAAUUGUUUAUUUUUAAUUAUCUGAUGAAAAGAAAUACUUUUAAUUUGAUCUGUGACUAGAACAAAUGUAAAUAGAAUGUGAAUCUGGUUUUCUUUUGCUUGCAAAUUGCAGUUAAGUUUUUAUAAUUUAAAAUUAUAUAUGCUUUUUUUCCUGACAGGAAAGAACUAAUUCCCUGAGUUCAUUAAUUUUUGUUGAUGCCAUGGGUGAAUCUCAAGACUUAUAUAAAGUACAGUUGUAUUUGGAGGAGAUAAAUUUUAUAUUUACUUUUUUAUUUUAUUCUGUAGUCUAUAUCUUUACUCAAACUGUAUAAGGAAAUAGCGACUGAUUGUUCAGGUUUGGCGUUUUCAUUGCUACCUGCCUGCAGAAUUAAUGCCCUUUUCUUUGUCUGAGAUAUUAUUGUGUUAAGUCUCCUGUUAACUAUAAAUAGUUCAAAAUGGACAGACUGUCAAGUUGAAGUUUACUUAUGUAAAAAGCUUAGGUGAUUCUUAAGGUUUCCAUGUUCAUAGCUUUGCAAAGUUUCAUAAAAAUAAAAAAUUGCAA